CACAUAUAGUGAAUGCAGGGUCCAGGGAGAUCGGAUAUAGUGAAUGCAGGGUCCGGGGAGACCGGAUAUAGUGAAUGCAGGAUAUAGUGAAUGCAGGGUCCGGGGAGACGGGAUAUAGUGAAUGCAGGGUCCUGGGGAGACCGGAUAUAGUGAAUGCAGGGUCCGGGGAGACCGGAUAUAGUGAAUGCAGGGUCCAGGGAGACCGGAUAUAUAGUGAAUGCAGGGUCCGGGGAGACCGGAUAUAGUGAAUGCAGGGUCCGGGGAGACCAGAUAUAGUGAAUGCAGGGUCCGGGGAGACCAGAGAUAGUGAAUGCAGGGGUCCGGGGAGACCGGAUAUAGUGAAUGCAGGGUCCGGGGGUCCGGGACCGGAUAUAGUGAAUGCAGGGUCCGGGGAGACCGGAUAUAGUGAAUGCAGGAUCCGGGGAGACAAGGAUAUAGUGAAUGCAGGGUCCGGGGAGACUGGAUAUAGUGAAUGCAGGGUCCGGGGA